CAACCCUAAUGUUGACUAAAAAUCAAAAAUCAAGAAGUCAAGCCGAAUUACAAAUUACAAUUAUAACUUUUUAACACUUUCAAAUUGUGAACAGACCUAUAAAAUUAGAUUGAAGAAAAAGCUCAGUAAAAGUGAUAGUGUUUCUAUUUCAGUGAUGAAAAUUGGUUGUGAACUUUGUAAUAUUAUAUUAUUUUAAUAAAAAGUCGAUGGGUAGUCGCUUCACUUCAAUUUCAGUAUGGGUUCCAGACUUAAGAUAAAAUAAUGUUCAGCUGGUUGAACUGUAGUGCCAUAACACCAUGUUAACGAUAAUGAACAUGAACCCUGUUACAAGGGAAACAUUUUAUCGAAUAAAACCACUGUGCGAACUGGUAAUCCAGGACCCCUCUGCUGAGCAUAUAACUAUGUUUAGUGCGGUAGUGGAUGAUUUGAAGCUGGAUAUGUUGCAAGAAUUACAGCAAUACUUGUUAUUACCCUUCAUACAUCACCUGCAGUGUGAGGAAAAUAGAACAAAGUAUGACUUGCAAAUACGCAUACUGGAGCCAAUGAAGGAAGUGCUGACGCGGGUGAAAGUUUGCAACUUCCAGAUAUGCAUGAAGAUUUUGGGCUUGCUGGUCAAAGUUGUAUUUAACAAAAGCAAGCUUGUCAUAAUUUCUGAGGUACCAGAGGAGCUCAAACUGUCUGUGGUGCAAUGCCUUACAACCCUCAUGCUCAAUAUAGAUCAGGCUACCAGGAUCAGGAUAUUGGAAUCCCAGCUCUCUCUGUUGGCACAGUCAAUAUUUGUUUCGGUACAUUUGGCUAAGCUUGAGAAACUAAGGACGUUAAGAUUAGCAGCAUUGAACUGCCUAGAUGUGCUCAUGAUGAUCCAUCCGCAGAUCACAGACAGUAACAAUUACAUAGCUGACCCCAUUCUGGAGGAAGCAGUAUUAAACAUGAUGGCCGGUAUUUUACCCGGAGUGCUAGCAGCCUUACAGGACGUAGCGACAUGCCCCGAUAACCCAGGGCACGCGGUUAUUGCGGCAGCCUUGAGUUCGACCCAUCGCAUUAUAUGUAUAAUAAUGCACAACAAAAACCUGCCCACCAAAGACAAUGUCACCGCAACAGACUUUCUCAAUAUGGUUUCACAAAAGGGCGAAGUGGACAAUGAUGUAAGCACAAAGGGGGUAGAAGCUAAACCGAAACGCUCACCGCAAUGGUACGCAAUGGCGAGUGACAAACUUUCGUACGUCGUAAAGUACUUAAUUCCAUUAGUCACGCAUGAAAAUUAUAAAGUGCGGUUGGAGCUUGCCGUACUUUGCUAUAGGAUACUCUCUGAGUGUAGUGCAACAAUGGAGCCAUCAUUAGCAAUGACCUUGGACGUUCUAAUCACACUCUCAACCGAUCCAUACAAGGAGGUAUCCGAUUACUGCUCGAAAGGUGUGGAGAGUCACUUCGCCAGCGCUUCCAAAGAGAGAAAGAUCCAAGCCAUCGACAGUUUGUGCGAAAACUUCUUCACUACGCUUAAUUGCUUGCCAAGGAUAUUAAUUAACAUUGAUUCAAGUCGAAAAUUGUCCGUCCUAACUCUCCUGUACGGAUAUUUGAAGAUACUGUGCGACGACAGUCGCCCGCAACGUCUAACAAGCGCGCUGAGUGCCAGCGACGGGUUCGAUCGGCUCUGUGACGCAUUACUGACAGCUGCAGACCUGCAGACAGACCUGGCGUUGCUCACCCGGCAUUCUGGCAGAGAUGUGACUUCAAAACCUUCAACCGAUACACCCUGGUGUCGCCUUCGACAUCUGGACACGAAUCAGUCUGAGAAGAGGCUGCAAGAGGUUUGCCAGAAGCUGGGCGCUGCGGAAUGCGCGGAACUGUUCCUCGACAGGCUGAUGGAGUUGUUCCACGAGAAGCGGAGCUGUGAGCUAGUGUAUAUCAUCAACUGGGUUGGCUCAGCGCCAAAUUCAUCACCUAGCCUGGCAAAGAGGAUAAUAAGUAAAUACAUAGAGGAAGACAUCUGGUACUUGCCUCUCGAGGUUGCCAGCGGCGAAACCCCUGUCACCAAAGUCGACACUCUGGACACGUCUGUGUACAACCCUCGCGCCUGGAGCAAGGAUAGCGUGCCAGGUCUUUACGAAGGAACCGUAGAAACUCGAUACACUGGCAUAAGUUACGCGCAACCUCGGCUACGGUACAUAGAGCCCAACACUUGCAAAACGAUAGCUGAGGCUCAGAGAAACAUGGCGUUCAGUUGCCUAGUCACCGAAGGCCUCGGGAUGAUGGCGAGACGGCUUAAGACAGACUAUCAGCCCUUCUUGCUGAAAACUUUAUGCCUGCUGUUGGAAAGAGUUGGCAGUAAAUACGAGAACCUACACUUAACCGGUGUUAAGGCUUUAAAUGACGUAGCAUUUGCCUUCGACCACAGCAACGUCGCAGAACUGAUCGCAGAAAACGCUGAUUACUUCACUAGUCAAGUCACUUCGCGCUUGAAGAAGGCGUGGAACACACAGUCGGCGCUUCAUAUACUAUCAGUUGUGAUGGAGUACAGUGAGUCAAACAUACUGGACUAUCUAUAUGGAAUCGUCGAAGAUGUCCUAAUACAAUGUUGCGACCAAUACUACCAGAGGCAUCUAUACGCGUACCUGCAAGUAUUCCUGACGUUCGUCAAUUGCAUACGCAAAUGGUUCUUGAUAGAGCCAAAUAAGCCCCAGAAGCAAACACAAGCUCCGGAGAUUGAUAUAAUGAAAGACGUCAUGGACUUUAUUAAAAAUACUGAAGAGGCUACGAGGUUACUAAACGCGGAAGAUGAAAAAGAGAGCAAAAUGACAGCAGAGGAGAUGUAUAAAGAGGAUAUCAAGAGAAAAGAAGAAGAUAUUCUGGAUUACGAUGACACAGUAGCUGCGGAAUCCCCACCAACGCCUCAACACAUAAGAGUGACAGUGGCAAUACUCAAAAGAUGCGUCAAUUUCAUUGGUGGUUCGACGCGAGAAGAAAGUUUAAUGGCUAUAAGGACCCUGACUUUGGGCUUACCAAUACUGGAGGAAUAUGAGAAUGAACUACUACCACUGGCUCACCUAGCGUGGGCACCCUUGGUGGCAAAGUUUACGUCCACUGAACCCUCGGUCCUGAAAGGGGCUUUCGAACUGUUUGUGGUUUUGGCUUCCCUGGCGAAGGACUUCUUGAGGAGUCGUGCUGUUAGGGACGUCCUGCACCCGAUGUACAAGUUCCUGGCGUGCACGGCGCUGCAGAGCCAGCUCAAGGACACGGGCUCCGCGUACCGCCUGUCCACCGCCUACACGCUGCAGCUGGUGGUGCUGAGCGCGCUGCCCGCGCUGCUGGCCGACCUCGCGCUGGACGACGAGCGCCUCAUGGAGGCCAUGACGUGCGCGCAGCGCUACCUGUCCAACAAGCAGCCCAAGCCGCUGCAGAUGCUAGCGGUGAAGUUCUUCAAGGAGCUGCUGUCGUACAACUACUGCGUGGCGUGGUUCCACCUGCGCCACCUCUGCAACAACGAGGUGCACUACCCGCCGCCCUACGCCAACAUCGUGCCGCUGGUCACGGUGCUGGGCACCCCCUACGAAACCGACAACGAGGAUUUUGACGGCAACAUCAAGCUCAUAUUCUACGUGCACAAGUGAAGUGUUCAAACACGUCACUUUUAAACCUCUUUGUCUAUUGUUCUGUAAUCUGUGCAAACGUAACUAUGGGGUAACGUAUUCGAAUGCCCAAUUUUGAUAAGCUCCGUGAAUUAUUACUUAGAUUUUUAACUUUAGACCAACAUUUUCAUAACUUUCAUCAAUGCUACGAAGCUGAAUUUUAUGCCUAGAAGUCAGCCAGUUGCAAAAAAAAACUCUUAAAAAAGUAUUUUGCUUUUUUUUGAAAUUUUUUAAGAUGGUCAUGUUGAAAUUCCUCCAGAAAUCGAAAAGAAAAAUCAUAACUCCAAAACUAUAAAAAAUCGCGGAACAUACAGUGAUUCGGGUCACAACAUACCGGACCAAAUUUUACUUUAAUUUAUUACAUUUAAUUUAAUUGAAACUUUGUUUUUGCUAGGUCUUAAUAAUUAUAGUAUUUUGUAAUCGUUCGUGUAUCGUUUCAUAUUGCAAUGUGGCACGGAACCCUUUGUAUGCGGUUGGGUGCAAGUCUCACUUAGCCUGUUUUAGUUACCAAUACGGCAACACAACGGUGUUCGUUAACGUCCGUUUAGUUUCUAGACAUCAACAGUGUCUACGUCUGCACAGAUAUAGGUUAUUUUUGUGUAAAAAAUAAAUAUUCAAAGGUAGCUUGUAUUCAAUUAAUUAUAUUCUACGUGUAUAUACUGUGCCUAUUCAAAUGAUACCAAAAUAUGUACGUAUUAGAUUUUUUUUUCUAAAUACAUACUUAAUAUUUAAUUGAUAUUAACGUAUAGUGAAACUGCAAGUAGACAUGGCAAUUUUAACAAUAAUACCUAACGUCCAUCAAGUCCAACGUGAAUAAGGUAUUCAUAGCCUAAAAUGAACCACAAUGCUAUUUUAAAGCUAACAAUGUUUUUUCGUCUCAUUUUCAGUAUUUUAAAUAAAUUCAAGUAAAUAACAAUGGCGCCAAAACGCUCGCUUUGGGUCACCUGACUCUAUGACGUCACAAGUGUACCAAAAUAUUUAAACUGAUAGUAAACAAUAGUGUCUCCUAUUCAAAUCUAGUUUAAAGUUUUAAAGACGUAUUUAGGUAAACAAUGGUUUUAUAACUAUUUUGAAUAUAUGAGGAAUGAAAUUAAAAAUGUUUGAAGUACGUUCCGAGAUUCCGAGACUUCCUACUACUUCCUAGUAAUAAAGUUUUUCUAACAAUAGCACCACACAAUACCAAUCAAAAGCAAUAAAAAGAGUUCACAAACGCUUUUGAUUGGUUAAUACGACACCUAAAAUUGGUUCAAAAAAAAUUUAUUUUUAUGAUUUAUAAACAAAAUGUACUUUAUUUUCUAUUUUUGUGAAAUGAUAUCUUCGUAGAGCACACGACUCCUUACUUCAUACGCCGAUUGCCAUGUCAACUUGUAUUAUUAGUAGGUACUUAGAAACGUAGAUUUGUAUUAUAAGUACUUUGGGACUUGGGUACUUCGGUUAUCUUAAAACUCAAUUUUUUUAUUUGUGGACAAUAAAGUCUUCGUUUAUUGAUGUACUAGAUAACGCAGUCUCAAACAAUAUGUAGCAGAAAAAUCAGUUUUUAAUUUAGUAUUAUAAAAUAUUGAAUAUAACAUAAAAUAAGUACUAAGCCCUUACAUAAAAGAUCAUAUUACAUGCUUUUUGGACGUUGAGUACGUUCCUUUUAGUCAGUGAACACUUAUUUUGACUCUUUGCCUGACAGCAUUUAAGCAAGUUAUUGAUCGAAGAUUUUUUUUUUGCUUCAUUUGGUCUAGUAAAUUACGCGAAAUUUAAGUUUGCUGUAUUUAAGUAAGUCCGCUGAGGUGAAAUUGCAAUAACGGUCUUAUUGCCCGCUCGCUCGUAUAUAGCAAUAGGGUCGAAAAUUUCUAGCACUUGUUACGGAUAUGAAUUUAACGCAAUAAGCGAAUAUAAUGGUAAAUUAAUAUAUAAAUAUUGUACUAUCGAAAAACGGCAAGGUCCAAAUGCUAAUUAGGUUGUAUUACAUUAGAGUAUUAAGAUUUGCGGGUAAUGUGUUAAGAAGGUUGGCAACAGUCUAUAGUCCGUUCAAUUAUUUUCUGCUAAAGUGCGUCCUUUGUUAGCAGCGGCGCUUUUGUCGAAAUGUGGCACGGGCCAAGACAGCACGGCACAACGGCGACUGUAUCUAAGCGAAUGGACUUUACCUUUAAUGUUGCUAAGCGUGCUUUCAGGAUUGACAACGUCAUUUUCUUCGGAAUGGUACUGAAAUUUUCUUAACCAAAAUACCCAAUAACUUAUUAAGCAAUACCUAAAAAGAGUGAAAAGAGAAGUAAAACUUCUUAUAUAAACUAAUUCAAAUCAUUUUUAAAUUACGCUUAUGCGUUUGAUUGCAAACGCGCGCAUGCGCUCCACAAUCACGCAUGCUCUCAGUCAAUAAUAUUAUUUACUUGUCUACUUUAGGUGUUUAUGAUAUUUUAUAAGGUGUUGAUGUUUUAUAAUCUCUUAUAAGUGUAAUUGUAGGUGCUUCUAAAUAUAACAGAGCGUCUUAAUUACUUGGUGUUUGUAUUCUCUUUGGCCUUAACAGUCUGAAAAUGAAACUAUAUUAUUCUUCUACCCCGAAUUAUCGAUUAUCAUAAUAUGAAAAUGACCAGACGUAGCUCUUUUGUAGAGAUUUCCACACGCUACGGCUUUAUGCUUACUGUAUUCAAAAACCCGUUUAAUUCGUCUGGGCUUUUGGAGUAUACCAAUGUUUUUUGGUGGGGCGUUGACAACAGUACCUUUCGUCACCAAACUACCAUUUCAGUUUCGCAAUUCGCUUUGCUUAACCCCUCAUUAUGAGUCCCUGAUUAUGAGACUCGGGAGAAAGCUCAGAGCCACCCGACGGGCGAUAAAACUAUGCUCCGAGUAGAAAUGAGGAAACCCCUAAAAUAUCCAGAAUUGAAAUCGCAAGUUUCGAUAGUACAUUUAUAUGUGACUUGUGCCCGUUUUCACUAAAGACGAACAAGGCAAUGCCUAGGAAUCUUUUUUGGAAAGUGAGCCUUAUCAAACAAGAUUCCUGGGCAUACAUAAAUAAACCUUGCACCAAUCCAUAACCUAACUUUUUUAUAAUUCUUGCCACAAGGUGUGCUUUAAGGUUAUUAAAAAAAAAAAAUUAGUUUUUUCUACUGUCAAGUGUCAGUUUGCGAGUUCCAUAAACAUUAUGCACCGCCAAAUCCGUGUCGUAACUUUAGAUAGCGCCUAUCGUCGUUAGUCAUCAUCUGAGAGUUGGUGGUACGUUUUUUUUUAUCUACGCAUCACCCAACACCUCUCACCUCACCUCCGAUUUAAGCGUUUCCUAGGUUUAGUGAAAGUGGACAUAAGUCUCCUCGAUAUGGCCUAGAUGUAUAAAAUAUAGGCAUUUUUUAAAGUACAAAGUAUUCCUUUUAAUUGAUGAUACUUUGUUUAAAACUAUAAGGCUCAUAAUAUACUGUAGUGUUCUUUUACGUAGAUGUUCCAUUUAUGUUUUAAAUGUAAAUUAUAUGUCUAAAUAAACAUGAUACUUCUUUGUAUAUUAAUGUAAAUGUAGCAUUAAGCCAUUCAUUCAAAAUGUAAAUGUUGACAUGAAAUCUGAAUAAAUUAAUAAAGAUUA